CUUUUACCAAGCCUACCCGAAGGAAGGAAAUCAAAGUGAAAGAUGUGGUGGGUUCAUAAUCUGCUCAUUUGGUGUUCAAUCGUUCAAUGCGCUUUGGCGCAAAUUAAAAUUACUCAGCCAUUGACUUCAGAUAUUUUUUCAUACGAUGCCAUCACAAUCAAAUGGGAAGAGUCGAACUCUGGAGUUUCUUUAGAUGAUAUUCAACAGACAGUUUUCCAGAUCUGUACGAAUACUGGCUCAGAUCCUAAGUAUUGCUACGAAAUUCCAGAUACUGUUAAGCCUUCUUCAACUAGUUCCUAUGGUCCAUUUUCUAUGCCAGUGAGUUGGGGCCGCGCGGGUAGAGUAUGGUUUGUUUGGGCAAAGUCUACUACUACUAAUGGAAAGACUGUCAAUGACUAUUCCGAUUUCUUUACUGUCACUGGACUCACCGGUACCUUUGACGGUAACGUUUUUAACAGCCUCGCGGCUUUGGGUGUUUGGUCCAAUCCCCCGGCUCCUACAAGUUUUGUUUUAUUGUGGCCAACAGGAACUAUGAGAAAUUGGUAUCUGCAACAAUCAGGUCCCCUUCGCACAUGUCCUAUGCAGCCGAGACCGGGUUCUACCUUAACCGCUAAGGACAUGAGUCCUGAACCUCUUUGGCCAUCCUCUUCCUACAGUGUCUUUACGACAUAUGGUGGUAACCCUUACCCCACGUCUACCGUCAAACCUGGUGCUUCUUAUACUUACACCCUUUAUGCUAACUGGGCUUCUACGGCUUCUUCUCCGGUGGUCACUGCCACUCCUACAUAUGGCCUAAGGAGAAGAGAUCUCUGGUCGCAUGAAGAAAUUAUGAACUUAGAGAACCGUCGUAUGCGUUUCGAUGAACCUCGCCGUGGUUUGCUCCAUCCUUAAAUGUGUGAAUGAACUUUUUGCUGCUGUAUACAGUAAAGAAAUUUCUUUUUUUUGCUUCCCCUCUUGUAUAUAUCUAGGUAUAGGAAUUGAACAGCCCUUCUUAGCUGCCCUAUAUUGAAUCUGUCUAUUGAUCUUCUCUUUCUACUGAAAAAAAAUUUUCUGAGGGAGAAUGUUGUAGCCUUGCAACUCAUUUGCUAUGAUUUGUUGCAACAAUUGUCUUCUCUAGUACUCAUGUUGGUUUCGCUUCAUUCGCCCACACUUAUAUGGUUAUUCAUGAGCAUCUUCGAUCUAUUCGAAAAUAUUAUUUUUCUUUCUUUUAUUUCUGCAUUCGUUUAAUUGAAUUAUACACUCUCUUUAUAGUUGCACGUCGAUCUUUUUCGAUCAAGUGUUUUAUAGAAAUUUUUCUUUCUACACAUGCGCACCGUGUUAAGCGCGAUUGUGGUUUUGUUUAAUUUACGUUUUAUUUAGUUUCAAUGUCAAUUUUUUUUAAAGGUUAUACAAGUCA